CUGCUGCCAUCUGUCUCCAGCUGGUCGGGUAUAAUUUCAAGCAAAAACAUUAGCUUCGGCACACCGUAGCCUCAGGGUACAGCAAAAGCAGAUUGCGAUCAUUGAGCAAAGUUGUGCUAUAGUCAGCUGAACGCCUGGCAGAUAACCUGGACCCAUCGACGUUCGUACAAUGUGACGUGUUAAAGCGUUCUAACUACGUGUUUACUCUUGUGCGCGUAGAAUUCACUCGUCGAAGUGGCACAGUGGAGAAAAAUCGCGCACGCCGAGAAGAGUGACCGAUGGCUGCGUCUCCGGAAUCAAACAUGGCAGAUUUUGAUGCGAUCUACGAGGAAGAUGACGACGAGGACCGAGCGAACGAAGACUCGCUUGUCAGUCUCGUGCCAGAGCCCGUGGUCAUCAGAGGUGCGGGCAACAUGACAGUAUUUGGACUGAGCAACAAGUUCGACACGGAGUUCCCCCCCACGCUAUCAGCCAAGGUGGCACCUGAAGAGUUCAAGGCAACCAUUAUGCGCAUUAACAGUGUGCUGCGCAAGACAUUGCCAGUGAACGUGAAGUGGCUCUUUUGUGGGUGCCUGUGUUGCUGCUGCACUCUUGGCUGUUCCCUGUGGCCUGUCGUCUGUCUCAGCAAAAGGACACGACAUUCAAUAGAGAAGGUCUUGGAUUGGGAGAAUAGCCAUCUAUAUCACAAGCUUGGACUGCACUGGAAGCUUGGAAAACAGAGAUGCGACUCCAACAGCAUGAUGGAAUAUGUGCUUCUCAUCGAGUUUAUCCCAAAGCUGGCCAUUCAUCGGCCGGACUAAAAGCCGUCCACUGUCACCACCAUCGCAUCCGGACCAAGGUUGGACAAAAAGGGCAGCAUCACCGAGGGAGUGCAUCUGCAGUGAAUCUCAAAAAGACCGGACGCUAGGGAGUGACAGUGUGGCAUGCGGCACCUGCAAGGCAGCGAGAUGAGGUUCCGGCUGUAGCUGUGGCUAUGUACUUGGUCUUGGGCUAGCCACGUGACAGUGCCACUCGCUGUUGGGAUUCUACCACUGUGCAGCAGAAAACAUGUUCGGGGAAGCACAGAACAUGUGUGCACCCUGCCGGUGUUCCAGAGGCCCUAAUUUGCUUAGUCAUGUGCUUCUGCAUUGUAAGCACGUAAUGCCCGGUUAUAUGUAUUAAGAACAGUGGCCGAGCUGAAGGAAUGCCGACCUGGUCCAUCGAGUCAGGCACUCUGCGGCUGUGUACAUGUCGUUAAUCGCUGCCCAUCACAGGAACAAACACUUGUAUAAUGUGAAUGCUGGUUGACAGCUGCUGCUAAACCAGAAUGCACAAAGUGCAGAUGGGCCAUGUCAAGAGGAAGCACAGUCUACCAACAAAUGUACACUGGAAAUGGGGAAUGAACUUUUUCGCAACCGUUCUGCAGUGACACCAACUUCUAUUCUCAUCACUGCUUGACAAACUGAGUGCAGAAAGAAAGAAAAUUACACUGGUGCCUUUUAAGCAAGGUAAUUGCAACAACCAGCAUUCUACUACUUCACUGGUGCCCUUAGUGUGUUACUGUUCACUGUAUUCAGCACUGUUACUUUGCAGCAAAGCGCAUGCCUUCAUCAUAACAGCUCGUACGCUAUUUUUCUGUCGCGAGUGUCGAUGUAAAGUGUCAGUGUUGUUAACAGGGGCCGCAAAACAGCGUCAUUGCAUAAGCAAGCGUAAGCUCUGGCAUGCUUUCAGAAGUCUGCUUUUGGCUAACACACUCGUUAUUGGCAGCAAGUUUUAUUGCUGUUUUUAGCAGCCGAUUAUCUUUUUUUGGUGGGAUGAAGUGGCCGCAAAGGGAAGCAGUUUGUUUAGCUUCUGUACGGACAGGCACUUCAGGUGUGAAUGGUUUGUAUGAGACAUAAAAGUGCAAUAGAUUAGUACACAAUUGUUGCAUAAGUACCGCAGCAAGAGUGGGUUAGUCUGUUCUCAGUGGUUGCAGUUGACUCGUCUGGCGCUGACAUCAAUUGAUGCAGCCAGUAAAACUGUCAGGACUAGCAUGUCAGGCUAGACAUUGUGACCCCGGCAAAUCCAAAUGCAGGGGUACACAGGCACACCUACCUGCUUGUGAUGCCUAUAUUGCUGAUUAACUUUUAGAAAUUUCUUAACUCAAUAGGUAGUCACGUACAGUAGAACCUCGUUGAUUACAUUCCCGGUUCAUGCAGCUUCCCAGUUUGUACUGGAACAGUUUGUACUCGUAUGCUGGAACACAGAGAGCACCUGGUCCUGGAUAUCAAAGGCAUUGCUUCUGUUACUGUUAAAUUGCUCUUUUUUUUUUUUCUCAGAACGCAUCAACGAAGUUCUGUAUUUGUGAUCGUAUGUGCAGUUGAAUUGUUUUGCAAGGACCAACAAAUAACGAGAAUGCUGAUGGAAGUUAUGGCACAAGUUUUUUUUGGGAGCUGGCAGAAUCCAACCUGGACAUUGAGCAUUGGACUUAAAGAGUAUAAUUUCAAAUUGGCAGACAGCUGCACAAAAUAGAAAAAAAACAUAGCUUCUCUGUGGCAAGACCACUGAGUAGGUGUGUACAAAUUGAGCAGUUAUGUGUCAUUGCAGAUUUCAUAGUUGUAGCCAUAUGCAUUGCAGUUAAAAAAAUAUGUUUUGGUUGCUCCCUGAACUUUCUAACUGCAUUUCCUGCUCCUAAAAGGAUUUAAAUUUGUUGCACUGUCAUCGCACCAUAGCUGCAUCAAUUUCGAGAUUUGUACCGAUUUUGGUGCCUCUUCACAUCCGCAGGCAGUAUGGCCCAUUAAUAGCCAGGAGCGUAAGUUUCUGAUAUAUUAGAUAUUGGAGAGUUUGGCAUGUCCGGUAUUCCACUAAAUGCAGGCAGUUCGGGCAGAGUAGCGGGUGAGCGGGGUCGCAAACGUGAGUGGCCUGCGUGGUGCAGCCACUUGCUGGUGCAGAGCUUGACCAGUGCAAAAUUUGCACGAUCAGCGAAGUAGAACAAACUUGUUUGCUACAAUAUAAACUGUGUUUGUCUGGUCGAGCUCUGUGCAACCAGGUGGCUGGCACCGUGCAGGUCACUCAUGCUGGGGCCCCUCUUACCCAUCAUUCUGCCCGAUCUGUCUGUGUUUAGCGGAAUACCGGAAAUGCUAAAACUCUCUAUUGGAACACCGAAUUGAAUACGGGUCUGUUCCUUGUAAUCUUACCAACUGACCAGUCGUGCAUUGCGAGAGCUUAGUGAAUACUUGAAAGAAAAUGAACAGCAGUGACUAUAGACCCUUUUCAUAAUUCGCAAAUGAUCUUCCUUGCACUGCACAUUUGCCCAACUAAUGGCAGCACCAGUCAUCGUUCAAAUGAAGAUGAAGGGUUAGUUGCAGAUCUUGGUGGUUGUCUUGUGCAUGCUUUCAUAACAAGAGCCCAGUCUAUAUUUUCCAUGUUGUAAUGCAAGCAAACUGCGCUUAUACACGCUGUUUGCAAAGAUGAAUAUGUUGCCAUUAGUUGAGCUAACUGUCUUACAGGAAAGCUAGCUUUACAAUUAUGAAAAGGGUCCAUGGCAGGAAUAUUUCAAAAUUGGGUUGCCUUUGAAAAGCCAUAGAUGCCUGAAGACCAGGAGGAGUAUAUAAAUGGGGCUUGUAAUGCUUGUGUUUCUUAUUGCCUUACGUCUCACUGCAGUAGUCAUAAUAAAUGUCAUAAUUAGAAAGCAUUUACAGACUGCUAUGGAGCAUUAAGAAACAUUUUAUCAGCAUUUUGCAAUUAUCUUGUAAAAAGCAAUGUAAUCACAUUGUGCUUUGAUUGGAUUCAAGGCCUGAUCAGUAUGGUAUAUCCAGUGAUAAUAAUUAUGUGCAAUUUAAGUCUCUUAUUUUCACAUUCCUAUUUACUAGGAUUGAUGUAGAUUAAACACAAGGCCACUUAUUACGCAAGGAGAUACAGGAGUUGAUAUUAUUGCGUCACCAUUGUCAACAGUGCAGGUAACUAAAAUGCAAGAGCAGUUGGAAGGGAUAACAAUAUUGUAGGUACAAAACUAAGCUCUUAAUGUGCAUUGCCUUGAGAUGAAUUGAUGACAAACAUUGUGAACUCCUCAUUUCAAAUCUUUUACGAUACUUGUACAUAAAUUACUCACCAGAUCAACAUGCUGUGUUAACGAGAGGUGAAGAGUGUGACAGUGUUGGGGCACCAGGAGCCUUGUGACGGCUUGAAGUACUUUAUGGCCAAUGUACCUUACUAUAUCACAUAAUUGACUCCACAAAUUGUGUGAAGAAACAUGCUUUGGUGUCACUGUUCUUUGUGCCACGUAUGACGCCCCAUCCCAAGUUCUGCUCUCUAUUUAUUGUUGGCACAAUUUACCGCGUGAUCUGACAGGGCUGGCAGACCUAUGCAUAUCAAAAAAGUGUUGAGCUGUUGUGUAUGUUUACUUCUUUUUUUCGCUUUUGUGUGCUUGGAAUAAAAUCCCAUAUAAAGCGAAA